AUGCAACUCUAUCUUCAGUGCGACUCUAGGGAAGGAGUCUCGCUCUUCGAUCACACGUCCGACGCUUCUAUUGCACCUAGUGCCAACGCUGACAGUACGGUACGCUCGCAGUGGACUACUCGUGACGCUGUUGCUCGCCUUGCUGUUUGUAGUCACCUGCCGUCUGCUGAGCGUGCGCACUUUGGCCAGUACAAUACUGCUAAGUCUCUGUAUGACGUUGUUGUCGCACGCUACUCCUCCCCUGCCUCUGCUGCCCUCAGCCGCCUAAUGCUACUGCGGUCAGGGCUGCGUCUGCUCCUAGUGGUAGGCGCCGCAGCGGCAAGGGCAAGGGAGGCAAGGGUGGUGGAGGAGAUGACGGGAGCGGCGGUGGUGGCGGUGGAGGAUGUGGAGGGGGUGGGAGUGGAGGUGGGGGUGGAGGCGGGAGUGGGGGCGUUGGUGGCAGCGGUGGAGGUGGAGGCGGCGGCGGCAGCGGUAGUGGGGGUGGCGGCGGCAGUGGAGCUGGUCGGGGUGGAGCCGUGCAGCGUGGAGGCUUUGGCGGUGGCCAGCGCCAGCAGCAGCCGCGUUCCUGUGAGGCCCUGUCGCCCCAGCAGCUUCGUGAGUGGCACUCUGGGCGUGGGAGGUCUGGGGGUGCUGGUCCAUGCGCUUACGUUCUCCGCACUGGCGAGCGCCGUGGAGAGACGUGCGGGCUGCCGCACACUACGCAGCACUGUUACGGUCGCCUGA